AUGAACGUUGAGUCCGGAGAUGCAUCUCCAGAUUAUGUAGCAUAUAUGGUGCACCCAGAUACUUUCCCUAAAGCUAAUGUGUAUGUGGAUGUUAAAUCGAAUGAAGUGGAAGGUGAUGUUAAAUCAAGUGAUGUCGAUGUUGAUGUUAAACCAAUUAAUAUCGAGGUGGAUGUUAAACCGGUUAUUGCGGAGGAUGACACCAGAUCGAGAAAGCGUGUUUGUCCUUUUAAGGUUUGUGGAUACCGUAAGGAGAAUAAUACAUGGAAAUUUAAUUUGGUUUCUAGUAUACAUAUUAAUUACUCGUGUCACAAGCUAGCCGGUCAAUCUAUUGUAUGUCUCCUUAAUCUUGAGGAGAAAGAACUUGUUUAUGACAUGAUAUUUAAUAUGGUGUCGCCCAAACACAUACUUGAAAUGUUGAAACAUAAAAGACCUCAAAAUGUCUCAAAUAUCAAGAAAAUGUACAAGGCGAUAAGAGGACCAAGAACUAAAAUGCAACAACUAUUGAAGCUUCUGGAUGAUGAAGAAUAUGUUUCUAGGCUUCCACUUUUGGAAAUUGUUGGUGUUACUUCAGCGAAGAUGACUUUGUUAGGAGGUUUUGCAUUUUUGAAAAGCAAAAAAGAGGACAACGUUACACGGUCUUUGGAAGGGUGCAAGACUAUGUUGAAGGACCAAGAAAAAUAUGCCAAAGGUCAUUAUAACCGAUUACGAUACAACAUUGAUGAAUUUGGUUGCAAAGAUGUUUUCUACAUUCUAUGCAUUACUUUGUAG